AGCGAGACAGUGACGAAAAAAGAACCAGUCAUCAUCACCUGCCUGUCACAUAAGGACGUGACAGGAGUCACCACGAGUCACCGAACACGUUGACACUUGCCGUGAUGGACGAGGAAAUGCAACCGGCAGACGAAGGACUCAGCGCCCCAAAAAUGUGCCGGCAGCAGCGGGGUCCUCACAGCUCUCUAAAAACCUUUCCGAACAAGCGAUCGAUGGUAAAGGCGCGGUUUGACAGACCCACAAUGGUGGAUAUGCAGCUAUUUGGUGACGGUGGCGGGCAUCACUACAACUAUCACCUCAGUCACCACCAUCCCUAUCAGCAGCGCGUGCAGGUCCACCAAACCUCCGUAAGCACCAGUAGCGGCCAGCAGCAUCACGCAACACCGCAGCAGCAGCAACAUCGGUUCCCCUGCGAAAACAGACCAAGUAGCAGGGUCGCGACAUCCACAUCAGCAACAGUGGGAAGUGUAGCAACAGUAUCGUUUGGCAGCCAGCGGCGGGUCGCCAGCAGUACGGCGCUGCGCCAAGACCCCAUAUAUUCACCUGGAAGAGCGACACUGAAGCAUCAGUCUCCGGAUUGCACUUAUGGGAUCAGCUCUGAGAACCGUCUGAUUCUGGAUGCCUUUGCCCAGCAGUGUAGCAGAGUUCUUAGUCUUCUCAAUGGCCGCCUCCUGGAGCCCUCCCUUCUGCCUGCCCACAUAAAGCAGGAGGAGUCCUGUCAGCCGGGACCUGGAGGGGAGAGCAGGCCGGUGGGGGGGCAGGGUGGAGGCCACUACCCCCCGCUGGAGAAGACCAGACCUGAGGAGAGCACCUCCAUCACCAACCCAGAUGAGGAGGCCCAGCGAAGCCAGUGGAACCAGCAGCAAACCUCCGCCUUCCUCCGCAUCUUCACAGACUCCCUGCAGAACUACCUGCUCUGUGGGCCCCAGCAAACUGUCCCAGGAGGCCUAGAGGAUGAGCCGUGCCCAGUGGCGGAGCCCGUAUCUGGGGUGUCUCCGGGUCACAACCCGGGGGGCUGGAGCUCCCCGGCUCCUUCGGAGUCAUACGGCCACCCUUCGUCCACCUUGCCUGAGGAGGAAGAGGAGGAGGAGGAGGAGAGCUGCUGCCCCCGCUGCCUGGAGCUGGAGCAGGAGGUGCUGAGUCUGCAGCAGGAGAACGAGGAGCUGAGGAACAAGCUGGAGCACAUACCAGCUCCCUGUCAGAAUGUUCUUGACUUUUUCAAGAGUGUUCUCCAGUUCCACAACCAACUGGUGCAACCCAUGCCAGAAGAGCAGUUAACAGAGGAAGAAGAACAGAAAACAAUCUUUGAGGGCAGUAAGCAGCUCCUGGGAAACUACCCACUGUUCAUCACCAACAAGCAGUGGGACGAAGCAGUCAACUCCUCCAAGAAGGACGGGCGGCGCCUGCUGCGUUACCUGAUCCGCUUUGUCUUCACCACGGACGAGCUCAAGUACUCCUGCGGCCUGGGCAAGAGGAAGCGCUCAGUCCACUCGGGAGAGCCCGGCCCGGAGAGACGACCCCUAAACCCCAUCAAGGUCACCUGCCUCAGAGAGUUCAUCCGAAUGCACUGUGCUUCCAACCCUGACUGGUGGAUGCCUUCCGAGGAGCAGAUCAACAAGGUGUUCAGUGAUGCGGUGGGCCACGCGCGCCAGGGCCGGGCGGUCGGCACCUUCCUGGGCAGCAGCGGCAGCAGCACCAGCAGCCUCUACAUGGAGGGUUACGACGGGCACCUGUCCCAGGACGAACUGUUCCUCAAAGGCUCCCAGAACGGCCUUGCAGACUGAGGAGGGGGCAGCGUGGUGGAGCUGUGGAGCUGCAGCCCCCGGAACACAGACACCCGGGUUCUGACGGACAGGAACAAGCAACAUUCCAGAGGACAAAGUCCACAUGUGGAUUUGUUUUUGUUUUACUUUGUUGUGCCGAUCUUGAGUAACUGUGAAAGGGCAUCAAAUAUGGUACAUGGAGAGAAGCUCUUGUGGAGAAUGAAACAAGUCUUCCGUUUUCCACGUUUUGGUGAAGUUAUCAGCAUCAACAGGAAAGGCAGGGGACACAUGUCAGUAGAUGUGCUGAUUAACACAUGACGACAUUACCUGUGAAUAGUGGUCUAAUUGCUAAAGAAUAAGACCUCAAUUACACUGGAAUACUGUGCUAGUAUUUGUUGAUUGGCAAUUGUAAAGGGUAGAAAAUGCAUACAAUCAAUAUUAAAUUAUAGGCCGUGACUGACGAAGAACUCCAUUACCUGAUCUGCCAAAGAUACAGUAUUUGUGCAGUAUUUGUGAAACAAAUUAUUACUUUAUAUAUUUGACCUUUAAAAUAUGCCAUUUUAUUUUACAGACUAAACAUACAACUGGUGCUGUAUCUUAGUGUCCAAUAUCCGAUCUGAUUAAACCAAUACAAGUAUGUAAUCUAAGUACA